AUGCGUUGUAUCAGUAAUAAUACAUCCAUUCAGGAACACUUUUCGACUUCCGAAAUUAUUGAGAUACUACAUUACGGAGCAGAUCUAUUUGUGGAAGAGCCAAUUUUGUUAGAAUUUAAUUUAACAAACAAUGGCCUGUUUAUACUUGGUAAUUUAUGCGGUAGUAUUCAUUCAUUAUUGCGAAUAUUUGAUGAACAUGGAUUACCUCCAAGAAGACGCUAUUUAUUUCUCGGUGGCUAUGUUGGUCAAGGAAGACAACAACUUGAAAUAAUCAUGCUACUGCUACUGAUGAAACUUCGAUGGCCGCAACAUUUGUUUCUUUUACGGAGUAAUUAUGAGACAGUGGAAGCGAUGAAGGCUGAUAAUGUACCAACAACAAGCCACCAAAAUCUUUUCGCUGAACUGUGUCAGUCCCAAUUUCCUUCAGAGGUAAACAUGUGUUUUCUGUUCAAUCAGAUGUUCGAUAUGAUGCCCAUUGCAGCAGUUAUUUCAAAGCGUUACCUGUGCUGCAGUGGUGGUGUAAGUCAAUGGAUGACUUGCCUUGAGAAUAUCCGUAAUAUUCCUCGGCCUACUUAUGCAAAAGAAAUGAAAUUUCUGGAAGCAUGUUUAGUGGCAGAUAUCCUUCAUGCUCAACCAAAUGCUGCAAUCGAAAGAGCAUUUGAACCAUCAAGCCUAGGCCUAAGUUAUAUGUUCAACAAGAAAGGUCUUCAGUCAGUAUUGAGUGCACUAAAAUUAAAGACGUUAAUAAGAACUGAUGAUAAAGGUCUGAUUAGCAAGGAAUAUCCCAUUGGUAUUGUUCGAAAUUUCAACGAUGACAUCUGUUUCACUGUUAUUACCUCAUCAGAUCCGCAUGUUAGUUCUUGUACAACUAUAGAGCUCGUAUAUAGUCAGAAGCAUCAUGCUCUUGAACAAGUAUAUCAAUUUGAAACCGAUGUGGAUACAAUGAUGGUAACCUGCCGUCGAAUUAUGAGUAGAUUAGGUAAAAGCUUUGAAGAAAAGUUCAUAGAACGAUCGAGAUACGAACAUUGCAAUUGGUGCAUGGAUAUUCCGCGCAGUUAUUUCGAUUUGAGAGCCCGUUUUUAUACGCAUCGUGAUAUGGAUAUUUGGAUAAGGAAGUAUGCAAAUGAAUGGGCGCAAGCUGAUGAAAUUUUUUUGCUAAACGAUAACUUACAUCAAUCCAAUCCUUUGAAUCCCUCUCAUGAACAAAGACGGAUUCGGCGAAGCGCUGAACUGUUUCCUUCUUUCUAUGAUUUACGAUUUCUAGAAGGUGGCCAUCCUACCAAAGGUGGCACUUUUCGAGUACUCAUCAAUGAUGAUGGUGAUGAACAACAACAGUUCAUGAAAACAAUCUAUCCGAAUUCACACUAUCUGUAUGACCGAGAACCGUUCUCGAGAUAUGACUCGAGGCAUCUGGAUAUCGAUAUGACAGGAAGCGAUGAGUUAGAGCAGGAAGAAAGAACAGGACAUACACAACGGAUUAGAGGAUUUUGGCAACGUUUACUUUGUUGCUUUAGGAAUCGUUUUGUUGUAAACAAGCGGAUAACCUGUAAAGCCGCGUUAAAUCUUGUGCUGUCGCGCGUUGAACAAGUAACUGUUGUCGAUUUUGGUCUUGUUUAUCAUAGGUCGGAAACGGGCGAGUGGGAUUGGUUGGGGUGCGUUUGUUUUUCUUCGUGUGAAGCUUGA